AUGGAUAUCGAGCAGAAGCAGGCGGAGCUGAUCGAUCACUUCGUGAAGAAGGCGCGGAACCUCGAUGGCGCGGCGGGGGCACCGUUUCUCGCCGCCCUAGUCACUGAGGCCACUAGCCAUCCCUCUCUGUUUGCCUUCUCCGAGAUCCUCUCAGUUCCCUCUCUCGCCGAGGUAAUCUGUCUCCUUUUCUCGUUUAUUUCUUCCCGAACUCCGCGCAGUCCUUGUCUACCACGCGGGGGUAGGAUGCCAUUAAGCUCUGUUGUUUUCCUGGACUCUGCUUGUCAUUCCUCAUAGAACCACGCCGUUGGUGCUUUGGUGAGUAGUAUUUUUCGCUUUUUUUUCCGGCCUUUUGUUAUCCCUUUUUAGGUCUUUUUUAAACUUAUUUUGGUCCGGGAAAUGGGGAUGAAGAGGGGAGCAUUACUUUAUUUUUUUUCAUUUUGACAUAAAUUUUAUCCAUAUUGUCUUUGUUCUGGAUUCUGUUUCACUAUGGUAUUUGCGUUCGUUCUAAGUUCUACCCCUGAUUGAUGGCUGUGUUUUUUUCUGCCAUGCAACGGCCGUCCAAUAUAAUCUGUAUUUCUCCGGGGUGUAUCCUUUCGUUGAAUUGAUCAUGUUUGCUACGAACUCUGAUGUAAUCAUGGUGCCAACACUGCUGCCUGUCUCUUUUUGCCUUCCUGAUAUUUUAACAAAAUGCAGCUCGAGAGGACUUCGUACUCAUCAUCUCUUGAGGUACUUCGCUUGUUUGCAUAUGGAACUUGGAGUGAAUACAAAAGUAAGUACAGCAUUCAAUGUACAUCUCUGUGGGAAGUUCUGGUUUAUGGUGACCACCUUCCGGUUGAUCUUGAUCAAGGACUUUGUGCUAGCCUGAUAAAUUCACAGAUAUGUUCAUGACACUUAAAGCUAGAAAAAGAUGUGAAUACAGUAACAUGCCGAAUGUCUAAGUCUAUUAUUUAAUUUUUUAAAAGAAGAACCUGUUCUUUAUGGUAAUUUAUGUAUUUACUGUGAUUUUUGGCCAAACUUGUUGUUAGAUUGUGGUCGAAUGGCAAACAAAGAUCCUUGUGCUGGUCAAAUUCUUUGUUUAGGGACUGGGUGUUGACCAGGAAUCUAAACUUUGUUGUGCACUAGGAUCAAUUAUCUUGGGAGUCACUACGGGAAUAUGUUCUUUCCAAUGCGUGGAAAAGGCAUUUUUUGUCCCAUUUCGGAAGUUAUGUUGGAGGAAAAAAAUUGUAGUGACACGUGCUUUACCAUCAAAUCCAUAGAUUCAUUGUCUAGAAAAGAAUACUGUAUGUAAACGUGAACUUUUUUAGGUCCAUGUUCUUUUCCUUCUACUGAUUUCUUGUUUCCAAUGAACCCUGUUCUAUUUUUCUGAUUGGAGCUCUUCUUUUCGGAAUGAUGCUCAACACCUGCCAGAAGAAAUUUAUAUGGAUUUCUCUGUUGCUCAUUUUUCCUGAACAAACGCUGAUAUUGUCUAUACUUUAUUUUGUGAGGCCGCCUUCCAUAUGAUGAUUCCUAUGAUUUUGAUCAUAAUUUUGCUACCGCUUAGAGUGUUGAUGAAAGAGGGGCUGGCUUGCAACUACCAGUUCCCCAGAUUUUACCCUACCAACUGUGAACAAGCUCUCCUGUCAUGGCAUAGUUUUUGGUCUAUGAUGUUUGUGUUCACAUACCAUAAAUAACCUGCACAGGCCCUUUUGUGCUUGCUCUGUAAUUUUGAUUUUUUUCUCUAGGGCUUGGAAUAUUUUUGAUUUUCUAUAGGGGCUAGAAAAUCAAAAUCUGAGAAGUAGAUGGGACACAUCAAAUCUGCGAAGGACCUCUCUAUUAUUUUCUGGAUACAAACUAUCCUUGGAAUAGUUUGUAUCCUCUUCUUUCCACUUCAGUGUAAGCACAUAGUGUGAUGAACUUGCAAGGCUCAGAAUUGACUUCGUAUAUUUAUUCAAUGUUUUACCCGUCAUGGUUCUGUUUAUCACCAACUACUGUACAACAUGAGAAGUAGAUGGGACACAUCAAAUUAAAUCUUUACGCAGCAUUGUUAUCUUAGGCGAGCUACCAUGAAUAUUUUCUGGGUGCAGUUGCAUACUAUUCUAUUUUCGCAUAAGCACUGUAGCUUUUUUGUGCUUUAGAAGCGUUGCUGUUGCAGUUUUCUCAGAAAAUUUCCAUUCAUAGAUACUUUUGGAUGCAAUUUAUCAUACUCUACCAUGAUUAUGAGUUUCGUAUACUCUGUUCAACAUUUUAUGUUUCCUUUGCUCAGGCAGAAUUUCUGUUCAGGUAUUAUAUUUUUAGGUGUUGGGACUCCAUUGCCAAUUUACACGUUAUCAAAUGGCAGAAUGUCUUUUGUUCUUGUAUUUGCUAGCUGCGGCCAGUUACAUAGGCACGGUUUGAAUACGUCCUCAGGUCCUUUGAUGGUCAAAAAAGAUGUAUAUUUGUUUAGAAAAUCUGAUUAUGUGGCAGCUUUUCCCCUACUAUGUUUCUCGAUUUACUUUUAAUAAUCAGCCCGUCCGUGUAAAUACUUGGUACAUGGUACUGUCCGAAGCUUCAUGCUGGGCAGUUUAAAAACUUAAAAAGUAUAAAAUUCUGGAAGUCAAAUAAAUGUGAACAUGUAGAAUCUUAAGAGGUCAUAGAAACUCUUGCAGAACAGAAAUGCAGACUAUUUAAAUCGUAAAAUGACAGAAAAAAGUUGAAAUGUAGAAUUGGAAAUGAAAAGUGAGGUGUCCUUGAGGGUGGCAUAACUCUUGCAGCCUAAACAUGAACAGGUUUGAGACGUCUUUUGAUGCCAGUAUGAACCAUUCGGAUUCAGAUCGUUUAGUUGGAGGUGAGUGAACCAGGAGCUGGAGAACUAAGGACACUAUUAUGUAGGUCAUCCUGGCUUGUUGGAGGGAGAUUUAUAGGUGCUUCAAUUAUCAAGGGGCCCUAUUUUGUGGAAGCAAUAAAGAGUUUUUGAUUUCUUAAUCACGAAAUUGGGCCAUAUAGUUGCAAUUAGUAAACAUUGUAGAAUUGGCCACUCUGAUAUACGUCUAGAAUAUUUUUCAUUCAGAACGGUUUAGGCCCAAAUAAGACAUAUUGAGUUUGGCUUUUGGCGCUCUAAUGUUGAUUGACCCUAUUUAGGCUUGUUUUAUCUGAUUCAUAGGAUGUGGGAGAAAAAAAGUUCGUGGAAGAAGCAUUCUUUUCCCUUUUAUGACAAUUUUUCGUUCUCGUCUUACCGUUGUUUUAUCUUGUAAUUUGGUUUCUUUUUUUUCCUUCUUCCUCGUCUUUUUAGAGGGUCUGCGUGUUAUAUUGGAGGAUUUUCCUUUUUGUUUCUGGUGUUUGAAGUUUGGUUCCUUGUUUUCAUUUCAAAUUAUUUUUUGGGAAGGGUUGAUUUCCCUGCUAUUAUUUUUCUGGCGCAGGUCAUUGAUCAACUAUUCUUUCUUUGAUUAACUGUGAAUCAUAGGAAAGUGUGAGUUAUCUUCUGCGUUUGACAGCAUGUGCAUGCCCUUUGUCAUCAUUUCCCUUUAAUUCAUUUUAUUCUGGCCUUGUACCCAACAAAUAAAAGUUGGAAUACAUGACAUGUUCAUAACGAACUGUAGCAAUUAUAUCAAUUAUUGGGGAAUAUAUUGGGUUGAAUUAGCAACUUCUUGGCAGAUGUUUUUCUCUUCUAUAAGAGCUAUGGGAGGACUCCUGCAUAACAGCAUAAUUCUUGCAUUCAAAUUGAAGGUACUUUUUCGAUCAUUUCAGUCGUAACUAUCAUUCAUUUGAUUAAUUUGAAAAAUCAUUGGAGAUAAGAAAGAACAAAGAGUAUUUAUUGGAGACACUCCUCUAAUGAAAUCCCUUUGAACCCUUACAGUAAAUGGAUUUUACAAUACUGUAGUUAAUCAAGUGUUUCCAAGUCCUAGCAUUUACUACCAUUCCGACUUGGGCCAUUACCAUACCAGCACCAUAAUAUUAGGUUGGGGAGGAAAAUCAGAAUGAUAUAUUGACAGAAAAGCGAAUAUAUUUGAGUAGGAAACAGAAAGUUUCUAUUCGAUUUGUAUUAUCAGCUAUGGGUUUAAAUCUAUGGGAAAUUCUAUAUUACUUUGUCAUCCUAACAUAUUCUUGUCUUUCCUGAAUGAUAAAGGGGAAAAUAAAUAUCAGGAUGAACUAAAGAACGAAGAACUAUGGAAUUCGUUGUUGAAUUUUUAAAUUUUUCUGGCAUCUUUCAGCUGUUCUUGUGUGUUAGUACGUAGCAGUGGUAUUCCUCAUCUAGUGUGAUUCAAUAGAAAACGAGGUUGUGUUCCCUUUUUUCAUUUCAAAGGGUGAAUAGGGUAUAUUUGAUUGUGUAUAGAAAGGUGGUUAUUGAUGACUUCUUGAUGAUGGCCAAUAGUUAGCUUGUGACAUGGCAAGAGUCUUCCUUGGUUUUGGAUGAGACGACCCAGUACAAAGCUGCUGUCUAAUCCUUAUUUUCCCGUUCUACUUGGCUGAUUUUCAUGGAGAUUAUUACCUUGGAAGUCCAAAACCUAUCUUAUUUUUCCGAAUUGCACAUGUGGUUAAGUCCAUUAUGCUCGAGCUGCCUUUUCACCGUCUGUUUGUAAUCGAUUGAUGGAUUGCUACCAAGUAUUUCUUCCUUUGAUUGAUGUGGUGAACAUAAAAUCUGAAGUUAAUAAGCAUGGUAAUCGACUAUGGAGUUAGCAAGAUCCAAUGUAUUUCUUUCUCUCUGCUAGGCAAUAUGUUGCUGAAAGCAUGAACAAGAAAGUUAAACCUUCUGUGCAGUCAAUCUCUUCAUUCUCUACCACGAGGAGAAGAGAGGGGGAUGAGUAGAUUACAACCUGUCAUACCAAUUUUAGGGAAAGGACUUUGGCUUUAGUUCAUGUAAAAGUUAUGACUGACAGAGGGAAAUGCUGAACAGAUUUAUUGGUAGUGGCUACCUCUUUAAACACCUCCAAACGGAACUUCAUAAAAUACUUGUUCAAAUUGGAUGUUGGGUAGUUUCUAGUAUCUUGAACCUGUGAGGAAUAAAGCUGGAUUCCUCUCGAGAGUAGAGACGGCAUCUGUAUCAGGAAGGAUAAGAGAAGUUAAGCUACGGCCCAAAUCCUGUCUAUUUCCCCUCAGCCAAACAAUAAACCUUCUUCUCGGAAAAACUGCAGUAUCCACUCAUCUCCUCUUCUGCAUUUGGUUGGAUAAUGAACAUUAUGAUUAUGUUCUCAGCCUAACUUUGUGCCGUGAUCUAAAUUCCAUUACCCUCGCAUAACACCCUUACUGUGAAUUAUUUAGAUUCCAUUAGGAUGUAUGUGUAGAUGCAUUGCAGAAGAUUCAUAGUGAAUCAUAUCCAUUAAUAUAUUGUUUCUUGUUUCAUAUUUGAGAAUCAUAUGUUUCUGAUGCUAUUUUGACUCUUUUUCACCUCGAAUGUUUACAUGAGAUUCAAUUGAUAUAGGUAAUGCAGGCCGUCUUCCAAUAUUGGUACCAGCACAAGUUCUCAAGCUAAAACAACUUAGUGUUCUAACAUUGGCAGAGACUAACAAGGUACUUAUAUAACGUUCCAUAUGUUGUCUUCUUGGGCAUAGAAAGUGGAGUCUUUAAAAGUAUGCCAAAAUCAUAACCACUUUCUGGUUUAUUUGUUAGAAAGGGGUAGAAAAGGUUGAAGGAUGAUUUCCAGUUAUAGCCCAGCCUAGAGCAUGUAUCCAUUAGUUCUCCGUUAUUUCUUUGUGAAUUUUUUUUCUCUCUAAAAUUGAAAUGAAACCAACAAAACGUAAAUCGUGCUUCCCUGAAACUUUUCUGGAAAGGUUAUGGCGAUCCACUCUCUCAUUUUGGGUGUGAGUGUUUAUCCCAAUCACAAUGAUCAACCAAGAAAAGAGCUGGGAGAUGUGUGACUUAGUUAUUUUUUCGUGGAUAUGUUUAUCAGGUCUCGUAUGCCUACUUGUACAUGGAUUGCUACUGAAGACAAUAUUCCAUGUAGAUUUUUCUGACCCUACAUUACAUCUACAACAACGAGUUAAUGAAUGGAUUGCAUAAAAUAUUAAUGGAAGUUUUGUUGCCCUAGUAUCUCUGGGAACCAUCGACAACCUCAUGCGAUAAGAGCCCGUGAUCAACAAUCUUUUCUGGUUCAUAAUCUGAUCCUUGCCUAUUUCGGUGGCACAAUUUUGUUCUGCCAAAAGCGGAAGUCUUGUUCCCCUUCACUGUGCCAAUUGACCUAAUUUUCACCGUGUAGAUCAGGGGUCGUAAUGAUGCAUCUUGCAUGGGAAUCUUAUUUCGCCUGUGGACUCCCUAAAAUUUCCUUUUAUUCCCCACGUUAAAUUGUGUAAAGUAUAUGAUGCGGUAAUCAAACCUCAUCGCCUAUGAUAUCUUCUAUCAUCAGAUAUUCUUUCCUCAUAUGUGCAUCACACAAAAGAUUUGUAGUUAAUUGUUGAACAUUACCCAAAAGAUUGUGAUCUAUUACUGUGAUCCUGGACCUUUGAGCAAACCUUUGCAACCGUCACCUUCUUCCACUCCUUGACCUGUAGACUGUCACUUGCUUUCUCUUGGUCUGCCUGAGAGGAAGCUUCCAUCUUCCCUCCAAUGUCUUUAUUGCUUGUUCACGUCCAAUGUCUUUUGUUGAAAAGGUACAAGCCUAGAGGCUGUCAAAGAAUCAUUUCGUUGUGCUUGCUGUCCCUGAACAUCUGUCCUGUCGUGUGGGCCUUGGUCUAUUGUGGGUUCUUUUUAUUAUUAAGUCUUUUUCCUGCCAUUAUUUAUGUUUCUAGUUUUGUGCUGUGGGUUGAUACUGUUUUGGGAAGAUGUUGAAGGCCAUCAUCUACCUUGCAUACCUGACAAUGAAUGUUGAUUUGUUUGAUCCUUAUUUGGGGUGAGCUUAUUCUAUCGUUCCAUAGACUAGCGAUGUGAGAUGGGUGGAUGUAUGGCCAGAAAACGAUAGGAUAUUAGCUAACCUGGAUAGGAUCAGCUAAUUCUUAAAGCAAUGUUACCAACCCUGAAUUGAGAUUUCAUGGUGCUGAAAUCUCGAGCCUAUUGGCUGCGCCUAACUCGUCUGUAAAUCCAACUCAAUUAGAUUGUCCUGUUUUUUCACUCACGUUGGUUCUCUAUUACAAAAAGGUCACAGUUGGGAUUGGUUAGUACUGUUCUUGAUCCUUCCUGGCUGUUAAUUGAACCAAUGCUAACUUGCUUCGAAAGGGCCCCAUCUGAGACCUAGAGUAGGGGGUAAGUCCAUCUGUCCCAUUUCAAUUGUUUUGUUGGCUUUUAGGUAAACUACAUGGAAGAUAGCUUUUCCUAGUUUCUCGUCUGACAUUAAUUUAAUCAAGUACCUAUUACUACAUUGUAGAAAUUUAUGCCAAUCAUAAUGUAUGCCAUAUUCCUGAGAUCUUCAUCGCAUCUUGCUUAUCCUUUGUGGAUAUAAGUGGAAAUAAGAUGGUGACAAAAGCAACUAUGUUUUCCCCUGUCAAGUUAUCCAAACGAAUCAACAAAAGCUUCUCCAGUCGUGUUUAAUACGACAGGACGAUUGCAUUUUCUCUGUCAGUCUUUUGUCAGAAGAAAAAAUGAUUUGAUUAAAAUUAAGCAUCAUACCUUUGUAUUUCAAGGAUAGUAAUAAUUUAAGUCGCAUAGAUAAUCCUACACUUCAGAGUGUGAUUGUGUUCUGAUUUGUCAGUUUUCUAAGAAAAAAUGAUUUGGAAGGUAAAAGAAUAUCUAACUUUAUACUGUGGUUGUUCUGUUAUCUUAAGAUCUUGAUUGAGAAGUUUUCCUUGUCCUCGGUAUCCUUUUAUCUAUGGAAUCUGUGAUAUGCUAUCUUCCCGUUUAAUACAACUUUAUAAUAUUUGUUUCCUGUAGUAUGCAUUGUACCGCUAUAUGCUUACUCCACAACCGCAUUUGAUCAUGGCAGAUACUUCCAUAUGAUCAGUUGAUGCGGGAACUAGAUGUUUCGAAUGUACGUGAGCUCGAAGACUUUCUCAUAAAUGAGUGUAUGUAUGCAGUAAGUGGCUUUUCUUUCUCAGCUGUUGACUAUACUCUUCAUGGUUUAUGUAGCUGCGUGAUGUACUCUGGGAGAUUAGUUUUUUGUCUGGAAUAUUUUUACUAGGAACCACUGAAGGCAAUAUUUAAAUCUUCUGUAUGUGAAGGUCUCGUAUCACUCUGGGGUUGGAGGGGGGCGUUUCCCUGUUUUAUGUGGAUUUUUUUGUGUGAAAAUAGAAUUUGCUUUGGCGAAUCUUAUGUUCACAUGACGAAAGUAUCAUUUUAUAUUACCAUAUAAACUGGAAUAUGUUGAAAUGUCCUUACUCGUCCUCAUCUCGCCUUUUAUUGCAGGGCAUUGUUAGAGGGAAGCUGGAUCAGUUGCGCAGGUGCUUUGAGGUAGGAUUUGCUGGGUUUUGAACGCGUCCAAUCAAUUUAUUACUAUGCUUUAUUUUAUCCGAAGAUUGUAUUUAGACAUCUUUGAGUACCGUGUCAUAUGUCAUUGAAUGGCUUUCUAGUUACCUCGAUUUUGGGUUCUGUUCAGGUUCAAUUCGCUGCAGGAAGAGAUUUGAAGCAUGAGCAGCUCGAUAAUAUGAUAAAGACUAUGUCAAACUGGUAAUUCUUAUUUAAGUAAUGUAUGAAUACAAAUUUAGUUGGACUUUUCUUUUUCUUGCUUGAUCUUUUAGCAUUCUUACUCAUUUUGCAUUUCAGAGCUGCAUUUAAACAGAUCUAUAUUUGCAUACUAUUGGAGAUGUACAGGCCUGAAUUAAUUGGGAUUAUUUGGCUGACCUAGGGUCCAUUCCCAUUUCGCAGUCUGUUAUUGUAGUUUCGAACCAGCAGAUAAUAAUUUUUGCCCUUUGGGUGAUUUUUUACAGUAGAAGGAAAUGUAUCUAGUGGUAACGUCAAGUUCCUCAUUUGAAGCCAUUAACGGACUGAAUUCGUCAUUGGCAUCCUGGAUUUAGUUUAUAAGUAGUUUUAUCUGCUCACUGAAUAGUGGUAUGCAUACUGCAAUUCAGCCUGCUGUGUGUAUGAUUUGAUAUUGAGUAGGUUCGCAAAAAAAUUAUUUAUCGAUGUCAGAUGGGACCUUGUGAGUGUGGUUAGUUCUGUACGAUUUGUGAGUUGACAUUUUUUUUCCUACUUUUCUGCAAUAAUGGAAUAGUCAAAAUUCGAAAUGGUUGCACUUAAGGUGCAACUCGGAUUGUAUGGGAACGAGACAUCGGUGAUUUGGAAUAUUGAGGUAAUGCUUACUUUAGGGUAUUUCAGAAUACAACUCAUUGAGAGUUGAUUGUUUAAUAGGAUGAACAGGACAGCAGAUCAUUUUGUUUACUGCGGCUUGCUUUUCAUGUUCUCCAUUUAUGGUAAUCUUGAUGAGGACGUAAUUUCUCUAAGAAGUUCAGUUUCAUGCUUCAAUUUUUUUCUUUUAAUGUCAACAAUUCUCUAUCCCACUGUUUGGUGCCUCUCUUACCAUAUUUACAUUACUCUUUCGGAUCUAGAUGGUUACUUGGACCCAUAUGUUCAACAUCAUUUUCAAUUAUAUAUUGCGGUUCAUGAUUUCAUUCACAGCAGCUUGACGCUUACCCUCAAUAGAAUGAUUUGGGCUGGCUAUGUUGCCUUCAGCAUUACUAAUGAAUAUCAGUCGUUUUUUGAGGUGUCUUACCCUGUGCAAAUUAGAUGACGAAUAAAUUUUAUCUCAAAUUAUCUGUCUAAACAUUAAACCAGUCUCCUUUGGCUCCUCUUCCACAAUUAGUAAUCGGAUUUGAUCCAUAUUUGUUUUAAAACACUAUUUAUCUACUGUUUAUUUCCUGGAUGCUCUACCAUGGCAUCCAUUGAUAUGGUGGCAACCGCUAGCCAGAGUUUUGGACGCCUCAAGUGUGAGCGUUUGGGAAUAGAGAGAAUGGUGGAAGAUCAGGGAUCGUAUUUUUCAGUUUCCUGGUCUGAAUUGCUUUUCUGAGCCCUUUGCUAUCUUAAAUAUGGUUUUUUUAUAGAAAUCAUUUCCUGUUUACGACUUAAUCGUCACAUUCACUUCAAAACAAGAUAGCUCUUUCGAUAAGAUCAUAGACUUAAUCUGAAGGGAAACAAGGGAUAUUUUUGAUAUGUCUACCGGAGAAGCUCCUUCUAAUAUGUCCUUUUACCCUGGUUCAAGGAUCCAAAAGACGAAGAGGUCUUUUGAAAAAAAAUAAAUCCCAAUGAGAAUUUUCUUGACAUCCUUUGUGGUCUUCCCCUUGUUUAUGAUCUUUGGAGUUUAGUCUACCCUGUGAUAAAAUAUAAAUAGGCCUUGCUCAGAGAGGCAGAUUGCAGUAUCAAAAUAGGUUGCUAUGCUAGAUACCAGAUUGUGAUUAUAGGCUGAUUCUCUCUCUCUCUCUCUCUCUCUCUCUCUCUAUCUCUCUCUCUCUCUCUCUCUCUCUAUCUAUCUUUUUUUCUCUCUUUAACCGACUUGAACUGUCGUGAUUUUGUAUGAGACAUUUUCUGAGUAAAUCGCCCUGUUCCUACCUGGGCAGAUGAGUUGGUAAGGAAGAUCUAGGAGGCCGACGGGUCUAUAUUUGAAUAAUCAUGCUUUCGGAUAUGGUUCUUAAGCGCUAUAUCUUGGUUCUUUAUUUAUUUCUCUCUUGGGUGUGUUCUUUGCAAGGGCGGCCGAAUUGGCCAACCCUCAAGUGGAGGGGGGUCAUUGGCUAUUAAUCGUUUUGCUGAUGUGUUUCGCAGGUUGAGCACUUCCGAUAGCCUUCUCAAUUCCAUCCAAGACAAGAUCAAGUGGGCGGACAUGAUGAGCGAAGAACAUAAGAAACACCGCAAGGACAUCGAAGAGAAGGUGGACGAGAUGAAGAAAUCCCUUAAGGUAAGAGAAACGAUUUAAAUAUCCUUCCGAUUUCAUCAAUUUUUUUCCAAUCUUGCCCAAUCUUUCCUUCUUUCUCUGUGAUUCAUGCCUGUAGACGGCUGCUAUAUACUACCCAUUUAGGGAACAAUCCUAUCUUCUGCGGCCAGAAACUAUCUACCCCGUUGAUAAGAAACUUUAUUAACCUCGCCAAAGACUAUAGUUUUGUGGGUUCUGAUGAGAAUAUUCAUAAUUCAUGCCUUCCUUCCCUCUUUCUUCUCAUCAGAACUCAGCCCGUUUGAUGAACAAAUUUUCUGAAAGGAGAAAAGAAUUCAGCCCCCCAAGUCUCUGCUUCCUUCCCUCUUUCUCCAUUAUGCAUGCCUGUAUCGUUCUUCACUGCUACCCGUUUAAGGGAUUCUUUCGUGGCCAGGAUCACGCGUUCUUUAGCAACUUGAUUAAGACCAACGGAAACCAUAGUUUUAUGAGAUCUAAAGAGAGGAUUUAUGGGCCUGUUGAUCGUAAUAGUUACUGGUUUGGGCAUCUUCAAUAAUGGGCAAUGUCAGUCGAUGUGUCUUACUUACUUGGUGGCAGAAGUUCCACAAUUUAAGCAGGCCGACUUGGACUUACGGGGCAACGCCGAGAUCCUCUACUCUGAACCUGGAGGAGUGAUGGACUACGAGGAGGACAGAGCCCGCCCCAAGAGGUACCUCCCCGCCACCUACUUCCUCUCUCUAUCUCUCUCUCUCUCUCUCUCAAAGUCACCUUCAAGCAUUGGCUAGCGGGACUCUGCGUUUCUUUUACCCGGUUUGAUGAACAUGAAAGGGUCCACCUUUCUUGGGCAUCUCAGGAAUCAUUAAUAGUUAAAAAGGAAGAAAAACAAAGAAACUGGGAAACAUGAACCAUCUCGGCGAACCCUAAAAAUCCUAAAAUACGUCUGUUUUCUAAGAGGAAAACUGGGUGUUCUUCUGUUUUUUAACUGGAAGGUGGGUGCCCUUUGUGUGAUUGAGAUAGAUACUUAUGCGCAUAAUCUCUCUCUCUCUCUCUCUCUCUCUAUAUAUAUAUAUGUAUAUAUAUCUAUCUAUAUAUAUAUAUAUAUAUAGAUCCUGUUGGAACCUAGCAGUUGGCCGUCUCUGGCCAGGAGUCUUGUUUCUUUCAAUGUAUAGCGUUGUCGGGGUGAAGAGGAGGGCUCAUUCAGGCGGUUUCUUGGCCGUGCAGGAGGCGACACCCGAUGAGAGAGCAGCAUUAG